AUGUCCUUCCUCUCCUUCACACCUGCGCUGCGCCGCCUGACCGGUGUGGCUGUGCCGCAGGCUGGCCGCUGCCUUGUUGGAGCACAGGCGCGGCAGCAGCGAUGGGUGGCUCGAAGCUUCUCCAGCAAGGUGGCGGUGAUCCAAGACCAGCAGAUCCCCAAGGACGAGGCCAUGAAAGCCUUGUCCGGAAAAGGAUUCGAUGUCUCCUGGUCGCUGGCGGAGCCUUCGGAUGCCUGGGCCAUCGUGACGGCCCGGGGGAUGCGGAGGGUGCAGGGGCUGCAGGAGUUCGCGAAUGUCGAAUUUGCCCGCCGCGGUGCGCAUGAUGCGCGACCAGAACGCCCCGGCAAAGAGGCCAUUGGAACCAACCAAUGGACGCCUUUCCCGCUGGAAGCGGCGGUGAAGCCACGCUUGGAGGCUGGUGGAAUGCCCCUGGCCUAUGCGCAUGCCCUCGCCAGCGGGGCGAUGUUUCCCCGCCCUGGUCUUCUUCCAGCCGCCGCCCUCACCCCCGGCCCCGUCCUCGCUGCGCAAACCGCCGCGGGUCUCGCCACCGCUCCUGGCCUAGCGGGUCUCGCCACGCUGGCGGCUGCGGCCUCGAAAGCAGCUCCCGCAGCGGGGCUCACGGCGCCCGCAGUACUCCCCGCAGCGCUCGCCAGCGCCAGCAGCGCGCGGCCGGCGGCGGCCGCGGCGGCGAGUGCGACGCUGCCGGCAGCGUUGAGCGCGGCAUCGGUGCCGCAGAGGGAUCCGCAGGAGGUGAAGCAGGCCUUGAUCCACUAUGGCUGCGUGAUCCCCAAGGAGGCGGGUAUCCGCGACCUGCAAAUGCAGCUGACAGACUUCGAGAUGCAUUUGAAGCGUGCGGAGGCCACCAAGAAGAUCCGCCGGCACUCGGACCAGGCCAUCCUCGCAUGCUACAAGGACGGCUAUUCACCUGGCCACGAGGCUCUUGUGAAGAUGCUCGAGUCUGGUAUUGAUCCCGAUACUCCAUCCACAGGAACGCAGUCGGGCUUCGUGGUGGGAAUGACGCCAAUCCUUGCAGCCGCCUCAUGGGGAAAGGUGGAUGACAUCCGACUUCUCAUCGCGGCGGGUGCCGAUAUGACGGCCAGGUCGCCCAACAUUGGCCACACAGUGCUUCACAUCGCCGCGUCCGCCUCGGUGGACACCGGCGGCGUGGAUCGAAUCCAUGCGAUGCUUCGGAUGAUCAUUGAUGCAGAUCCCUCGCUUUUAGCUGCCAAGAAUGGCAUGGGCAAGACGCCGGCAGAGUGGGCGAAGCACGAGAAGAAGCGCCACCACUCGGCCUUCUUGUCGAGCUAUGUGGGCGGCGACGAUUUGGUGAUCGAAUCGUCAGGUCGACUGGCUGAAGUGGUGACGAAUCCUGUGACCAAGGAGGUACUGGACAAGCAUCCCAAGUGCAAGCUGGUGGCCGUCUCCUUUACUGGCUUCAACCACGUGGACCUCGAGGCGUGCAAGGAGAGGGGCAUCUCUGUGGUGAACGUGCCCGCCUACUCCACAGACUCCGUGGCGGAGCUCUCGGUGGGCUUGGCUUUGGCAGUCUAUCGGGAGAUCCCGGCCGGAGAGAGGACGCUGCGCGCGGGCGGUUGGGUGCAUUCCUCCGGUGGCAUGGAGAUCCGGGACAAGGUGGUUGGCAUCGUUGGACUUGGAGACAUCGGCUUGAGGACGGCGGAGCUCUUCAAGGCCUUUGGCCCCUCCGAAAUCCUCGGAUGGUCCCGGCGGCCGAAGGCGGCCUUUGAGACGUUGGGGAAGCAAGUGCCCAUCGAGGAGCUCUUUGAAAAGUCCGACAUCGUCUCCUUGCACGUAGCGCUGAAUGCCGAGACCCAGGGCAUCAUCGGCCGGUCCUUGAUGGAACGAUUGCGACCGGAGUCGGUUCUCAUCAACGUGGCCCGCGGCGGCGUGUGCGAUCAACCGGCUCUGGCGGACUUGCUCUGCCAGAAGCGCUUCCGCGCAGGCCUGGAUGUCUUCGCCACGGAGCCCAUUCCCGCGGACGACCCCAUCCUCAAGGUGCCAGCAGACCAGGCUGUGAUGAUCCCUCACGUCGCGUACCAGGUGGAAGCCUUGCGGCGGAGAAUGGAGAUCACAGCCACCAACAUCAAGCUCUUCGCAGAUGGGCCUGACAGCCCCAGAGAACGCGGCGAUAUGAUGCGCGCUUCAUCCAUCGACGAUGCGGCGCACCAGGGGGGGCCGUGGCUGGACCAGGGCAACCGCGCAACGUGGUGCUCGAUGCAAAGUGAGGUUGAGACCUUGGGCCGCGGUGCCCGUGGGCCGGUCGUGAGCAUCCGCCGCGCCGAUGGGCGAGGCCCCAUCUCGGCACUGAAGCGAUCCACUCACCAUGAGGUGGAAGCAUUGAAGGCGCUGAGCAAUUGUAGGAACAUUGUGGAACUGGAAGAGAUCUUCCUCUGCAGCGGUCAGGUGUUGGCCCGACUGGAGUGCAUGGAGGGUGGAUCCUUUCGAUCCUACCUACGGGCCCGACCGCCUGGACGGGUGUCUGAGGACGUGGUCCGCUAUGUGGUGGGACAAGUCCUUGAAGGUUUGCAGGACAUGCACCAAAGUGGGUGGAUGCAUCGCGACGUGAAGGCGGAGAACAUUGGCCUGGGCUGUGAGCUCUCCAGUUGGGGCUAUCGCGACUGCACGGUGAAGCUCCUGGACUUCGACGUGGCCGUGGAGGUCGGCUGCGGCGGGCUCUCCGAGGUCAUUGGUACCGUGGAGAACAUGGCGCCGGAGGUCUUUAAGGGCUCCUACAAUGAGCUGGCUGACAUCUGGAGUGUGGGAAUCAUCACCUACGAGGCACUCUAUGGCUACCGGCCUUUCAACGAUGCCAAUGUGGAUCGCAUUGAAGAGAUGGUCCGGAACUGGCAGAGGUACUUGUUGUUUCCCUUUGACGCAGCUGAGCUGCCUGCCCACUUCAUCCGCCUGAUGUUGGCGGAUCCCGAGGAGCGGGCAGCUGCCGGUACGGUGCGACACCACCGGUGGUUGAGACCAGGUCACAUUGAGAGCGAGUUACCUGCCACCGGAUCGGGCUUCCCCAACUCGUACCGGCAUCAUCCCAGCUCCAAGUCGGAGGGUUCCAAGGUGAAGCUUCACGAGGCCAACUGCCGUUCGCGCUCAGUGAAGGUUUCCACUGUGAAGCUCUUGGAGGGCUUGCGAGACGAGCCAAAGGAUGAGAUCGAGACGUCCUUCACCGAAUGGGAUCAGGACUCACCCAGUGGCCAAGCAGUGGAAACCUUAUCGCGCCUCAGGCAGGGUCUCUCCAUGUGGACCAACAGUCGUUUUGCCAUGGUGGACGGAACUGAUGCAGCGGAUUUAGGCCAGCAGCUUGGAGAAGGCGCUGGUACUUCCUGUAGCCUUCCCACGCGCCACGCCAGUCGCUUCAUCCCACUGAAGUCCGAGUGCGCGGAGUUCAGGACGGAACGAGUCCCGGAACGAGGAGCUCGGCACACAGACGUCACAGGUUCUGAAGCCAAGACGGAGUCUCUGGAAGAUCUGGAGGCCUCGUCCAUGGUGGAGGACGACACGCGGGAUCCGAGUGCGGACCAGUGGCACCAAAGCUAUCUCCAGCGGAUCAGGGAGCGGACCAAAGAAGUCCUGCAUGCAGCGGCGCAACUGAAAGCUUCCGAGGCGGCGCCUCGUGACGAGGUUCGGCAGGCUCCUCCGCGGAGCUCAAGGCCGGCGCCGACGCCCAUGCAUGAGGAAGAUCUGAAUACCCCGGAGGAGACCUGGGACCGGCAGAAGUCCGACGAGCGCGAGGCAAGACAUGCGAACCUGGCCAGCGCCGACCAGUCAGAGUUCAACCGCCAGCUGUCGCCCUCGCAAUCCUUGCCGCAUGUGCCUCAUAUCCCGCGGGAAGAGAAGCGGCAGGACACCGAGGUCGUCUCACUGCAGCACUUGAAGUCUGCCAAGACUCGUGCACAGGAGCUGCUGCAGAUCUUGUCACAAGCCUCCAGAGCACUGAGGUCCACCGAGCUGCGCGCGGAAGGUCUCACGCCAACACCGCCGCCGAGGCCACCAGUGAAACCUGCCCCCCGGCGGCCGGCGUCCCAUGCCCCAGAGCGUGUGGUGGCUGCCAUUGCCUCUGCUGUGGACACAGGUAGUGGCAGCGCGGAGGGAUCUCCCCUAAGUUGGUUGGCGUGCCAGAAGCAUCGCAUGGAUCGGCUUUUGCUGGGCCUCCAAAGCGCCUCGGAAGACAUCACCGUGGCCUCGGGCUCCUGACGUGCCCGGUAGUCAGUGAGUGGCCGAGAGGUUCCGCGCACCAACGGACAGCGGAAUUCGGGGACGGCGGGCAUUUUCCCAACGCCCCUCGCGGCUUCCAGUCGUGGGCUUGUGGCUUCCAGUCGGGGCC